GUGUUGUUAGUUGUUCAUUUGUUGAUUUAAUCUGAUUUCGGACUUCAGCUCUUUCUUAGACGCUUAGUGUAAUAUGUUAUUUAUCCUGACGGUUACGGUUUUCGAUUUACUUACAUCCAAAUUAUGUUUAUUAUGAAUAACUUAUUCUUUUUUGAAAUUUGAUUAUAUGUAUAUGUAUAUUUUCGUUAACAUUAUUUAAUUGAUUAUUAAUAAUUUGAUUAUUUGAUUAGCAGCGAUAAAUACAAAAAUCAUAUUAGUAAACAUUUUUAAAUAACAGAAACAAUAUUUUUGUAAUCGUUUUUAUAAUUCAAUAAUUUAUUAUUGUAAACACAUAAGUAUUUUCUUAUUCAAGUAAAUUUCAUACUAUAUACCUAGUUAAAUAUGAUAGGCGAGUCCAGAUCAGAGUUUAGACUUAAGAACCCGCCAGAAGAUGGAAUAUCGUCUGUUAAGUUUGGACCUAAUUCAUCUCAGUUUUUAUUAGUAUCAUCUUGGGAUUGUUCAGUUCGACUUUAUGAUGUCCAGGCGAAUAGCAUGCGUACAAAGUAUACACAUGAUCGGCCAGUAUUGGAUGUUAGCUUUCAGGAUGCAGUUCAUUCAUUUAGUGGUGGUUUGGAUAAUAAAUUAAAAAUGUAUGAUUUAAAUAGUAACUCAGAAAGUGUCCUAGGCUCACAUGAUAAUGCGGUACGCUGUGUUGAGUAUUCUAAUGAAGUAAAUGUAGUUUUAUCUGGUGGUUGGGAUGGUAAUGUUAAAAUGUGGGAUACAAGAACAUCUCAAUGUGUUGGAACUCUCCCUCAACCAGACAAAGUUUUUACUAUGAGUAAUGUAGGUGAAAAACUUGUUGUUGGUACUGCUGGAAGAAAAGUAUUUGUUUGGGAUUUAAGAAACACGGCAUAUAUAAUGCAAAGGAGAGAAUCAAAUUUAAAGUUUCAAACAAGAUGUAUACGUUGUUCACCAAAUAAACAAGGUUAUGUGUUAAGUAGUAUUGAAGGAAGGGUAGCUGUUGAAUAUUUUGAUACAGCUCCAGAAAUUCAGAAGAAAAAAUAUGCUUUUAAAUGUCACAGAAUAAAAGAUAAUGAUAUUGAAUGCAUUUACCCUGUAAAUGCUAUCAGUUUUCAUCAAGUAUUUAAUACAUUUGCCACUGGUGGCUCUGAUGGAUAUGUAAAUAUUUGGGAUGGUUUUAAUAAAAAAAGAUUAUGCCAAUUUCAUCGUUACAAUACAGGAAUUACAUCUCUAUGCUUUAGUCAUGAUGGUUCAUCUUUGGCUAUUGGUAGUUCUUAUAUGUAUGAACAAGAUGUACACCCAGAUCCAAUACCAGAAAAUAAUGUUUAUAUUAGGUAUGUUACUGAUCAAGAAACCAAACCUAAAUAACUUUAUUACAUAAAUACAAUUUUAUUAUAAACAGUAGUUUUGUGAAUUUGUUAAUUUAUUAUAAUUAAAUUUACUAUUUUUUUUUUUUUUUAUCAUUAAAUGUUUGGUGUAAAUAUAUGAUAUAUCUGUGUAUACUCAAAAUUAAUUUAUAAAUUGUAUUGUAAUAAUAGAUAACUGAUAAUAACAUUUUUUUUUCUUUUAAAAAAGAACUGAAGUUUCAAGUUUUGUUGUUUAUAAAUAAAUAAAAUAACAAAUAUUUUUAGUGAAUAGUAAAUUUAAAUUAAUUCUUGGAAAUGUAAGUUUGAAAAUAUGUACUAUACUGUUGCAUAGUACAUAAAGGGAAAUAUAUUAGUCCUUAUUAACUGUUUGAUAUACAUUACAUUUUUCAUUACUUUAGGACUUGUUAUAUUUUGUAUUUAAUAUAAUAAUUAUGUAAUUUUA